UAUAGGAUAGGGCAAAAACAGUUUACCAAUCCGAUAAAGAAAAGGAAUCAUUAAAUAUUUAAACAACAAAAUCUGGAGAGCAAUUAGGGGUUCUAAACGAGUCCGCAACAUCUCGGCUUUAAUCUCCUGCUAGAAGUUUGUCCUCUGCAAAAGCCCAAAGCAAAAGAAAAGGUAAAAAAGCUCUGAAAAAUUAGUUAGAGCUAUGGCGGCAGCUGUGACUAGCGUGGUUCCGGCGGGGCGAAGUGCAAGAAGAGCCGCUGCAGAGGAUGAUAAGUUGGUGUUCGAGACAACGGAGGGGAUAGAACCGAUUGCAAGCUUUGACGAGAUGGGUAUUAAGAACGAUCUGUUGCGAGGGAUCUACGCUUAUGGGUUUGAGAAGCCAUCGGCAAUUCAACAAAGGGCUGUUAUGCCUAUAAUUAAAGGUCGAGAUGUUAUUGCUCAAGCGCAAUCUGGUACUGGAAAGACCUCUAUGAUUGCUCUCACGGUUUGUCAACUUGUUGAUACCUCAAGCAGAGAGGUGCAGGCAUUGAUAUUGUCUCCAACCAGGGAAUUGGCGGCUCAGACUGAAAAAGUAAUAUUGGCAAUUGGUGAUUACAUUAAUAUACAAGCACAUGCCUGCAUUGGAGGCAAAAGUGUGGGCGAGGAUAUCAGAAAGUUAGAAUAUGGAGUUCAUGUUGUGUCUGGUACUCCAGGGAGAGUAUGUGAUAUGAUAAAGAGGAGGACUUUACGAACUAGAGCCAUUCGAUUAUUAGUUCUUGAUGAAUCUGAUGAGAUGCUGAGUAGAGGGUUCAAGGAUCAAAUUUAUGAUGUGUACAGAUAUCUUCCUCCAGAGCUUCAGGUUGUGUUGAUUUCUGCUACCCUUCCUAAUGAAAUUUUGGAGAUGACAAGCAAGUUCAUGACAGAUCCGGUAAAGAUUCUUGUGAAACGUGAUGAAUUGACUUUGGAGGGCAUCAAGCAAUUUUUUGUAGCUGUUGAAAGGGAAGAGUGGAAAUUUGAUACUUUGUGUGACCUCUAUGAUACUCUUACCAUUACCCAAGCUGUUAUUUUCUGCAACACAAAGCGGAAGGUGGAUUGGUUAACAGAGAAAAUGCGGAGUAAUAAUUUUACAGUCUCAUCAAUGCAUGGUGACAUGCCUCAGAAGGAGAGAGAUGCAAUUAUGGGAGAGUUCCGGUCCGGUACUACCCGUGUUCUGAUCACCACUGAUGUUUGGGCACGUGGGCUUGAUGUUCAACAGGUUUCUUUGGUGAUCAAUUAUGACUUACCAAACAAUCGAGAGCUGUACAUUCAUCGGAUUGGUCGUUCGGGUCGAUUUGGGCGGAAGGGUGUUGCAAUAAACUUCGUCAAAAGUGAUGAUAUCAAGAUUUUACGAGAUAUAGAACAAUAUUAUAGUACCCAGAUCGACGAAAUGCCAAUGAAUGUUGCUGAUCUGAUCUAGAAAGACACACUUUGUAAUUGUUUUGCCAGGAUGAUGGUGUUUGAAAGUUGUGUGAUUGAGAAUGUGGAGUGUAUACUCCAUGCUUCUAAUGAGUUUGUAUAAUAUUGGGUGGAGAAUCAGUGUUUUAUGGGUGGUUUUGCUUGACGAUAGAAUAGUUUUAACUCCAUCAACUGACUUGACUGAUUUUUUUGUUAACUUUUUAUGAUUGCUUGGACUUUUGCAAUGGUUUUGGCCAUGGUUUUUGUAGAUUUUUAUGUUUAAGUA